AUGUCUCCCCGCAACUCGUUCAAUACGGGCUGCCUGCCUGUUGGAAACCCCACCGUGCCAUUUUGGCAUCAAGAUAUUCAUGAGCUUCACGACCAUCGGACGACGAAAGAGCUUCCGGCCUCUAGCGAUGUGGUUAUCAUCGGUGCCGGCUACGCAGGAAUCAGCACAGCCUACCAUUUAGUCAAAGGCGAGGCCAGCCACAGCAAGCUCUCUGUGACAAUAUUGGAAGCACGGGGGGCCUGCUCAGGUGCCACAGGGCGCAAUGGCGGCCACCUGCGGCCUGACAUGUACGGCCACGUCCCUAAGUUCAUGGACCGAGCCGGAAUCGAGCGCGCCUUGGAGGUGCCCGAAUUUGAAGUCGCACACCUAAACGUCAUCAAGUCUCUGAUUGAAAAAGAAAAAAUCGACUGUGAUUUCACCCUCACCCGGUCGAUCGAUGUGUGGUGCAACGAAGAAGCGGCUGCUAGAGCCAAAGGUGUGUAUGACAUGCUGGUCUCCUACAAUCUGGAGUACAUGAAGGAUGUUUGCUUUGUGCUUGGGAAGGAUGCAGAGGGCAUCUCUGGUGUGAAGGGAGCCAAAGCAUGUGCUUCAUUUACGGCUGGCACUCUUUGGCCGUAUAAGUUUGUGCUGCACCUCACCCGAUCCAUCCUGGAGACCGGCUUGGCAAACCUCCAGACCCAUACGCCAGUCACGUCUGUCAGACGGCAACCCUCUGGCGAGUUCAUCAUUACAACCCCGCGCGGCGCAACCAUGGCCCGACAUGUGGUAUAUGCGAAUAAUGCCUACAUCGCGGGCCUUCUCCCGCAGUAUAGCCAAGCUAUUGUUCCCUGCAAAGGAUUGUGUACUCAUAUUUCAGUGCAAGAGGGCACCAGAACGCCACUCCUGAAUAAUUCUUACAUUGUGCAUGAAGAGGAUGAGACGCUUUCGUAUCUUGUUCCUCGCGCCGAUGGUAGCAUCGUUGUUGGUGGUGCUAAUGCAAGGUAUCGUUCGUUUCCGGAGCAGUGGUUCAACAAUGUGGAUGACUCCACCCUCAUCGAAGAGCGGUUCUUCCAUGGCUGGGAAAGCAGCGGUGCCCGGGUGGAUAAAGUCUGGACGGGGAUCAUGGGAUACAGCUGGGAUUCCCACCCACAUGUUGGUGCUCUGCCCGGGAAUGAUAGCCAGUAUGUCCUUGCGGGCUUCAACGGACAUGGGAUGCCCGUGGUGUUUCUGUCGGCUCUUGGGGUUGCCAAGAUGAUCAAUGGGGCCAAGUUCCAGGAUACCGGUGUGCCGAGGGUGUUUCAGACUACCCAGGAGAGACUUGAGAAGGUGAAGGACGGUGUGCCGGGUGGUGAUAUGCUCACUAUGAAUGGAUGA